CUGGUCUGCGGGUCGGGAGCGGGCUCCUUCCGGUCAAGGGCUAAACGGGGCGCGGGUAGCCCUAAUUGGGGAGACAGGAGGUGUGCGCGAAGAGUGGCGCGAGGAGGACCGCGGCGCAGCACUCCUAGAGCGUCGUGCUGUCGCCCGCGGGAUCGCCGGUGGAGUUCUGGGGGAGGCAGGCCGCAUCCUCUCCUGGGGCUCCGGGUACGGGCUCACGCAGGACUCGAUGGCCGCCAGCAGGAGUAUCGCGACCGCCGCGCAGCGCAGGCUCCGCCGCCCUGGAGAUCUCGAGCUCUUCGAGGGGGAAGUGGAACAGGCAAUUGUGAUGCAUCGGCACGAGAGCAUCGCCAUGAAGGUGAUUGGAAUGUAGCUAGGAAGCGGGUGAAUGACCAGACCUGGUCGACUGAACUUUCGUGUCGUGUAGUGUUGUCAAACGUCCGAGUGAGUUCGGGCGCUCUUGAAUGUUCUUGAGCAGGACAGCG